AUGAAGAAGACUGAGAGUAUUUGCAGCUCGCUCAGUGAUAUGAGCAAGACCAGUGAUAAGAAUGAGAGGAAGAAUAAAGUGUCAUUGGACACAAUGCAUUUGGAGAGGUUACUGAAUGAAUUACACAGGAUGUUGGAGAAGUCGGAUAAGCAAGCACCAGACAAGGCCGUGUUCAAGAAGCUGCACGGGCUGAAGGCGCUAGAACAGCUGCUGGCCCUGGCGGCCGAGAGAGAAGACCUUGCCAAUCAAAUCACUUCCAAAGCUACUCUUCGCAUCGACCCCAUAGUAGCAGUGGAUUGCUGUUCGGAGGGAUCGAUUUGGCUGGCAGAGCAACAGCGACGGUGGCGCCAUCUAGCGAGAGCCAAGCUGAAUACACUAGGAGGUGUGUUGCCAGGAGAGGAGGACAGCGGAGAGGGCGUAAGCAGCGCGUCACAACAGAUCAAGGUGGAAAGUAGUUCAGAUCAAUCAGUUGGAAGGGCAACUAACGGGCCCUCAGAUGGAGGCUCCAUUCAGGCUUCAGAGGAGACUACACCGGUAGUGACUUGUUUUGCGAAAGGUCAGAGGCAAGUGGCGGUUCCGGAUUGGGUACAAUUAAAAGACUUGUGUUUGGCGGAUAAAAACUUUGAUACGCCCAAUAAAAUAGACCUUUUACUGAGUGCAGAAGUUUAUAGCCAGAUUUUGCGGGAAGGUUUAUUGAAAGGACCAGCCGGGUCCCCGGUAGCUCAGUGUACUGCCUUUGGCUGGAUAGUGUCUGGAACAGUGCGCGCCGCGGGAGUAGAUAAUCAAAUAUCCGUUUUCCAUACACAGGUGGAGGACAAUGAAAUAAUAAAAAGAUUUUGGGAAUUGGAAAAAGAGCCUUUAUUAAGUUCACAGAUUUUAACAAAAGAAGAACAGAGGUGUGAAGACUUGUUCUCAGCCACGACGCGUAGAGAUGAAACUGGAAGGUACGUCGUGAAGUUGCCAUUUCGCGAUGAGGAGUCGACCUGGAACAAUGGGAACUCUCGUGAGAUAGCAAUAAAAAGGUUAAAAGCAUUAGAAAGAAAGUUCACAAAAGAUAAGGUACUAAAGGAGAGAUAUACGGAAGUGAUAAAUGAAUACUUACAGUUAGGUCAUAUGGUGCCUGUACCAAAUCAAGAGAUUAGUAAAGAAAGAUCAGCUUACCUGCCACAUCAUGCAGUCGUCAGAGAGGAUAAGAUCACCACAAAGGUCAGGGUGGUCUUCGAUGCGUCCUGCAAAAAUGAAGACGGCGUGUCAUUGAAUGACAACUUGAUGGUUGGACCUACACUGCAGCCAGACCUGCGACAUUUGAUCAUGAGUUGGAGGAAACAUCCAGUAUGUUUAAUUGCCGACAUCGUUAAGAUGUACCGAAUGGUGAGAGUAGCAGAAGAAGAUUGCGAUUUUCAACGCAUAGUGUGGAGAAGUUCGCCGGAAAAUGAUAUACGGGACUACAAGUUACUUACUGUCACGUUCGGCACAGCUUCAGCGCCUUAUUUAGCAGUCAGAAGUUUAAAUCAAGUCGCCACAGAUCAUAAAGAAGAGUACCCAAUGGCAUCAGAGAAAGUCGCAAGGGAAUUCUAUAUGGAUGAUCUGAUGACCGGGUGCGAGACCAUAGAGGAGGGUACAAGAUUAUAUCAGGAGAUGAAGGAACUAUUAAAGAAAGGUGGAUUCAUUCUACAAAAGUGGUCAAGUAACAAAGAUGAAUUACUACAGAUAAUAGAUGACUCAGGAAAUGGAGAAAAUAGCAAGCAGGACAAAGCUUUAGAAUUUAAACAGGACAACAUAGUAAAGAUAUUAGGACUCACCUGGAAUAGAAGUCGCGAUGAAUUUCAAUACUCGGUGAAGCUGCCGCCGUUGUCUGCACCUGUAACAAAAAGAAAAAUUAUAUCCGACGUUUCGCGGUUAUUCGACCCCCUGGGGUGGAUAGCUCCGUGCGUAAUAAAAGCUAAGAUAUUCAUUCAGCGAUUGUGGAUAGCAGGGACAGAAUGGGAUGAGGAACCACCAUCAAGCAUCUUAGAAGAUUGGUAUACUUACCGCAAUGAACUGGCUCAACUUACUAACUUCAGUAUUCCGCGGUGGAUGUUCACAAAGGCAGAUGACGUCGUCACCGAAUUGCAUGGCUUCUCGGACGCAUCCAAUGUCGCCUAUUCUGCGGUUGUUUAUUUGCGCGUUAUAAACGCAAAUUCAGACGUCCAUGUCGUCCUAGUUAGCGCUAAAACCAGAGUGUCACCCGUUCGGCAAGUCAGCAUUCCACGUUUGGAGCUCUGUGGUGCUGCCCUGCUGACUAAGCUGUUGGUUGAGGUAGCUGGAGUUUUGAAUAUUCCCAGGACCGAUAUAAGAGCUUGGACUGAUUCCUCAGUAGUAUUAGCAUGGCUAAAUAAACAUCCAAGUAACUGGAAAACGUUCGUGGCGAACCGAAUUUCUGAAAUCCAUUCCAAAUUGGAAUCCUCGCAAUGGUUUCAUGUCUCGACGAAGGACAAUCCAGCUGAUUGUGCUUCGCGAGGAGUUCAGCCAUCGGAGCUUGCAGAAUUAGGGCUGUGGAAGUUCGGUCCGAAGUUUCUAUGGAAUAAGGACAUAGCAUACAACAGGUUAAAGAACAACGAGACCAAUCAAGAGCAAUCUUUAAGAGUUCACAUUGCUACGAGUGAGAUAGCAGUGCCGAUAUUGGACAAAUAUUCUUCGCUGCAAAGGCUGAUUAGAGUGAUAGCAUUUUGCAGGAGGUUCGGCACGAAAAAAGAAAUAAUUAAUAAAGGUCAAGAGCUUAAGCAUUUAAAUAAAUGGGAACUCGAUGAAGCGUUAGUGACUUGCAUUAAAAUAAGUCAGGUUGCUGAAUUUGAAGCUGAAAUAAAAGAAAUACAUACAUACGGACAGGUCACAUCCAAAUCGUCCAAACUACUCAGCUUAAACCCUUUCAUCGAUAAGCAGGGAUUACUUAGAGUGAAUGGACGAAUCACUAACUCACAAGAACCUCAAGGAUUUAAGGAACCCAUAAUCUUGCCACACAGAUCACACCUUUCUGAUUUGAUAGUUGACGACGCUCACAGGAAAACGUUACACGGUGAUGCAAAAUUGAUGCUAAACUUUAUCCGAUCAGCAUACUGGAUUAUCGGAGUCAAUAAUCUGGUGAAACAUCGUGUGCGCAAAUGUGUGGUUUGUGUGCGGCACAAGGCUAAACUGCAGAAUCAACUUAUGGGCACUCUACCGGCCGUUAGAGUUACACCCGCGAGAGCAUUUUUAAAUAGUGGUGUAGAUUAUGCGGGGCCCAUAAUGCUGAGAACCUCUAAAGGCAGAGGUCAUAAGGCUUUCAAGGGUUAUAUAAGUUUAUUCGUAUGCAUGGUUACAAAAGCCGUGCAUAUUGAAGUGGUGAGCGAUCUUACCUCCAGAGGUUUUUUAGAAGCGUUUAAACGCUUCGUUGCUAGACGCGGUCACUGUGCCAAUCUGUAUAGUGACAACGGAACUAAUUUUAUAGGCGCUUCAAAGGAGCUCAAAGAGUUGUUCGAUGCGGGGAAGUCGACAAUGACCAAAGAAGUGGCAGACAGCCUAGCUGUUCGUGGCACUAAUUGGCAUUUUAUCCCUCCCCGCGCACCUAAUUUUGGCGGGCUAUGGGAAGCAGGCAUAAAAUCGGUCAAAUAUCACGUAAAACGCGUAAUUGGCGAAGCUACUCUGACAUAUGAAGAGAUGAGCACUCUUCUCAGCCAAAUAGAGGCAUGUCUGAACUCGCGUCCCUUGUCCAUGUUGAGCAAUGAUCCAACAGAGGCCGUUCCUUUAACCCCAGGUCACUUCUUGGUAGGAGAACCACUUGUGACGAUCCCUGAGGCAAAUUAUGAGAACUGUAAUCUAAGUACUUUAAAAAGAUGGCAGAUCACUCAAGAAAUGUUACAGAAUUUCUGGAGACGAUGGUCGAAUGAAUAUCUUACCCAUCUCAUGCAUCGUUACAGGUGGGCCUUCAAGACCCCUGAACCGGAAAUCGGGAACAUAGUUUUGGUGAAGGAAGACGAUUUACCUCCUACUGUGACUAUAUCAACGCGCGGCGUCGCGACGGACCCUGAGAGCGCGCGUAACCUUUUGAAUUCAAACGGCUCCGUCCACGUCGUCAAGCUGUUGGCCAACCAAAUGGAGAAAGACCUCUCCGAUCCGCGGGAGAUGGAGCUGGCGUGUCUCCUACUGGACUGGUUGUCGGUAGCCCUGGACUCCGUGACGCAGAUCGUCUCGCCACCGGCCACUUGGGCGAGGGCUCACAUGCUUGUCAGCUACCUCUGCCUGAGUGGUGUGGCCCGCGCCGACACCGUGGAAGAGGUCCACGAUGGGCUGCACACGCUGCUCACCGUCUGCUGCAUGCUGUGCAAGCCGCGCGUGGAGGACGUCAACAAUAUUAACAAUGUAAGUAGUUAA